ACUGCCAUUUUUAUAUUGUUCGACGCCGUACUAUAUAGGAGUAAGUUUGUUGCAUCUAACCAAGAGGUUACCGUUUCAAGGCCCGGCCCUGCCACUAUUACAGACGGGUGUCGGCAAUUUUCUCUAGCUCAGGAUUUUUUAUAGCAAAGAAACAACAUUACAGACUGGCAAUUCUUGGUGUUUAUAUUUGCCCACCUGAGAAGAUAAUGGCAACCGCAUCUUAUGUUGGAGACUGGAGGCCCCACCGGCCCCGUGGUCCCAUAGGGGCACAUUUUAAAUCCCCGGGACCGAAGUACAUGCUCCCGGGCUCUACAGGUUUUCGAAUUCACGACGCACGAAAAUAUCGGAAUCCUGCGUUCAGUUUUGGAACAAGACACGCAACCUUUACAAACGAUUGCAGCCCUGGACCUGGAUAUUUAGUUCCUGCUAAUAUAACAAACAAAGGCACUGAUGGAACACCCAAGUAUUCUUUAUAUGGAAGACAUAAAGGGAUAGCUCCAUUUAAAAAUCCAGGACCAGGGACCUACAGUCCAGAGAAAAGUGGUCGUUCCGCUCAAUAUUCAGCACCAAGUUAUUCUCUCUCUGGCCGAACUAAGGGUCACAAAUCGGAUAUCAGUCCAGGGCCGGCUGCUUACAUGCUACCCAAAGUACUUGGCCCUGAAUCUGUCGGCCGUUUAUCCCUCCCCAGUUAUACGAUGGUUAGCAGAAGAAGUUACGGCUCUUUUCACGACGACCUACAAAGGACACCUGGACCUGGAACCUACAGAGUGAUUGCUCCAUGGGUUUACAAAAAUAGAGGUCCCCUAUACAGCAUGACUGGUAGAAAUAUGUUACCAUCGGAUGCAACUAGAAAACCUGGUCCAGGAGCUCACAGUCCAGAAAAGGUAUACGUGACCAGACGUCAUGCCCCGAAAUAUUCAUUUGGAAUUCCACAUUCGGAGUACAUUGCACCACUCAUUGUUGAUCCAGGCCACUAAACACUGUUACAUGCAGUAUAUUACAAACAAAAUGUCACCAGCAUCAUGUACUCUAUAUAUUUUUUAACUUGAUGUAAAUAUGUGUACAGAUAUGUCAAGCUUUAUGUAACCUAUAAAAGCAUAUUUGAUUAUUUACUGAAUGCUUAUACGAAAUUGCAUACCGUUUAACUGACAUUAUUAUGUACUUUUUGAUCACUUGUUACUUAACUAAUUUAUCUUUUAAAUUGAAUUAAUCAAAUGCAAUCAAUAGGUUACUCGUAUUUACCUUAAAUUAUUAGUAAAAGUGAUUUUAUCUAUAAAAUCUAUUAAUCAGUAGGCAUUUAACUUUUUGCUAACAAGUUCCUAUAAAAAAUAACUCAAGUCAUAUAUGUCCCCUAUUAAACUUUCAGAUGUAACUUACUAUUGCCAUCUAGUGACAACUUUCUGCCACAUUUACUUUACUGCUUUUAAUUUGGUCCACACUGCACUUUUUUUUUAUUGGAAACACUGCGUAAUUUGCACUAUUGCAACUGUGAGCUUAAAAUGCAAAUUUAAUAAAAUCACCAGAUUUUA